AUGAACCACAGUGGUGGAAGUGUCAACCAGUUAGGAGGAAUGUUUCUCAACGGAAGACCUCUCCCACAACCCAAGAGACGAAAAAUGAUUCAGCUGGCCUUGGAGGGAGUCCGUCCAAGCCAGAUCUCCAGGAUACUCAGGGUGUCCAACGGGUGCGUCAGUAAGAUCCUGAGCCGCUACCGGCGCACAGGACUCCUGGAACCCAAGACCAUCGGUGGGAGCCGCCCCCGACUUCUCACCCCCGGUGUCAUCUCCACGAUCAUCCAGUGCAAAAGGGAAAAUCCGACUAUUUUUGCUUGGGAAAUCCGAAAACGUCUCGCAGCGGCGCGGAUAUGCAAGGCCUCCAACGUCCCCAGCGUGUCGUCCAUAAAUAGGAUCUUAAGAAAGAUCCACUUGGACCGCGGACCAUCGUGGAUGGACCUCAACGCUGAUGUCAGGGUUGAGCAGGAUGUGUAUUCUCUGGCUCAAGAAGAAGCAAAGAAGUUUGAGAAGUUUGAGACAGAGUGCAGUAAAAAACAGAAAUCCAAAGGUGUGCAGCACAGAAUCCGCACCACCUUUACGCCAGAGCAGAGCAGAGCACUUGAGCAAGAAUUCUCUCGCAGCCAGUAUGCUGAUAUGUACACAAGAGAGAAGCUAUCUGCUGAAAUUAAACUUCCCGAGGACACCAUCAAGGUCUGGUUUUCUAACAGACGUGCUAAAUGGAGGAGAGAAGCCAAGCAGAGAGGUAGUACGCAGACAGCUGAAGACUUUCAAAAGCAAAGUGACUUUGUUCCUGUGAAUCCAACAAUGACACACAGCUUUACAUCUCAACAGGCUACUGAAAUGGCAAAAGUCAAUGCGGACAGCUCCUCGUACAGCACUGUUGCAAGGAAGCUGCAAAAUUGCUGCUUCUUCCCAACAGAAACAGCCGUGAGGAAUUCUGAAUGUCCGACAUCCUCAUUUCUCCAUCUGCCGAGUGACAUACAAAACAUAGACAAAACUCCUCUGGAUCUCCACAGAGAUGGAUACAGUUUUCCACUGGUUCCCCACCACACAGACAUGAGGAGAACCUGCCCUUUGGCAACAAAGACAGGGGGGCCAGACUGCCCUGUGAUUCAACAGUGGAACCAGCAGGGGAUGCCUUUUACCUGGAGUCAGUUUCAAACAAAUGAGCAGUUUCUGUUGGUCCCGGAUGUGAAUCAGCAUCUCUACAUGGACUGA